AUGUCCAUCCUCACGCUAUCACUCGCUACAAGCACGCCUUUGAGCUCAAAUCCCUCCCUCUCCGCGUUCCCUCUUUCUCUUCCACAACUUCUUUCCUGCUCCAACCUCGGCAUAGAACUCCUGAAGCACAUCAAUCCUGGGCAGAGCAUCUCGGAGCAACCACUCGAUGCCUCCAUCAAGCUGCUCAUCCCCGUCAUCGCCCAGCGCCCUGCAGGCACUCCUACCGACCGUCUCACGUUCGCCGAACUCGCCACCUUGAUCGAAAACGCCUCCAUUUUCCUCCGCAGACUCCCCGUCGUCUCCUUCGAGGCCUACCAAACCCCCGGCAAGAGCACCGCCGGCGUUUUCGGCCACCAGUACAUCCUCGUCGGCGUCCUCUGCCCUCGGCCCCCCAGCCACACCGACGCCGACCCCCUCACCUACAUCCGCCUCGACAUGUUCCGCACCGGCGGCGCGCUGGAAGGCCCGUGCGUGCUCACCGCCAAGGCUGCCGACGACCGCGCCGCGCUCGCCCCGCCCCAGGACUGGCGCACGUCGCGCUUCGCGCUGGCGGAGGGUCGCGACCCCGCGGGAGGGCCGUCGCUCGACGCGCUCGCGGGGUUGCUGCGGAUCGUCGACGCGCGCGUCGCACGCGUGGGCUACGGCCUCCUCGGGCGCAACUGCAUCUGGAUGAACGACGUGGUGCUGUUCUCGACGCUCCGGCGCUUCGCGGACCACUGGCGGGCGAACGCGGUGCUUGAGCCGGAGGGGACGCUGAGGAGGUACCUCGACGGGGAGAUCGGGGCGCUUGCGGCGGUCCUGGAGACGACGGUGCGGGACGGUACGGUGAGGUGGAUCACCAACGUGAGCGCGACGGCGAUGCGGUGGAUGCAGACGGUGGCGACGGGCAGGUCGGAGGACCGGUUCAUGAUGCACGACGACGAGGUGGCGGACGUGGUGGGGAAGUGGACGGGCUUUGAGCCGGCUGUGCGGCCAGUGUAG